AUGAAGCCUCUCUUUCUUCUUUACCUACUAUGCUUUUGUACUCAUGCCAUCUUCAGUUUAAAAGCUGAAGGAAAUCGACUCGACAAGUUUGGUCAAAAACUACCCGAAAAAGCAACGAGCAUCCGUAAGCAGAAUGCAGCUAAAAUCAUCAGCAAACCAGAUAUGAAAGUCGGCUCAAAACCACCAGUCUGCGGUAGAGAGAACCGAAAAUGUGGGCCCUGCAGGCCGGUUCUCAUCAAGGUACCCAUGAAAGUACCAGCUUUUUCAGUCAAAGAUUACUACCCGGAAAUCUGGACGUGCGUGUGUGAUUGCGUGUGA